GGAACGGCAACUACCGCAGCGUACAUCAAGCAGGCAGCACAGCGUGGAGAGCACAGGAAGAGCCAACAUAUUAUUCCCUCUUGAGUUGCCAGCAGCAGUUGCAUCAGCUGUGGCCUCUGAUCCACAUCCAGCCUUAGCACCCACACCAUGGACAAAAGACACAGCAGAGCAUGGGUGUGGGAGAUCUGCUGAUAGGACUGCUUCCUGCUGACAAAGCGCCGUGCAAACAGCAGACGCGAAAAGAAUGCACGGCGCAACUUGCUUUGCUUGGGACUGCUUCAUCAUUAUUGAGACUUAGGCGUCAGCAUUCAAGUGACAUGGGGUCAACGAAGACAGGGCCAACCUGGAGAGUGGGAAGUAGAUGAUUUAUUAGCAAGCGCAGCCUGAGGAAGUCCGGAGAGCAGCAUAUUGUGAGACCAUAUCUAUCAGCCAAUAGAAAAGUGCCACAGACAAAACUGGAAAAAAAAGCUCAAGGUUCAUUCCGGGCACCUGUUGUGUACAUUGCGGUGCAAUAAUGCUGCAGCAAGGUUUGUUUUGAAUUAUGCAGAGAUACAGGGCAAGCAACACACUGCUUGCACAGGGAAGCAAGCAGGAUGGCAGCGUGCUUAUUGCGCAAAUUUAUUAUAUUUGACUUAUUGUCUAUAUACGACUGCGGAAAAACACCAGCGAUAAUUGCUUGUCGCAAAUCAAACAAUCGAGAGGGAGGUUGGAGCAAUUUUUAUUGCAAGGAUGGCAAGCACACUUAUGUUGCCUUUGCCCCACUUGUACCAGCCUCCGGCAAUAUGUAAGGGGCAGU